AUGGAAGGCUAUGAUGAUUGGAAACAUAUUGUGGAAGCCAUAGAAAGACAUGAGACAUCGAAAGAACAUUUGCAUUCAUGCUUUGUACAUCGACAGUGGCAAUUACAUGGAACACUAGAUGAAGAGCAAGAGUCCAUUAUCAAGAGAGAAAAAAAUUUUUGGCGCAAGGUACUCACUAGACUCCUUGAUGUUACUCUAACACUUUCAACUUGUAAUUUAGCUUUUCGUGGCCAUAGAGACCUGGUAUAUGCCCACGAUUCAGGUCCAAAAGGAAAUUUUUUGAGUAUUGUUGAGUUAUUAGCCAAAUACGAUCCUAUUUUACAAGAGUUGCUAAGCAAACCUAAGGGCCAGAUUAAAUACUUAAGUCCAAAAAUACAAAAUGAGCUCAUUGCUGUUCUGGUUCAAAAAGUGGAAAAUGCUCUGGUAAAUGAAAUAGUAACCGCACCAUUUUAUUCCAUUUUAUUUGAUACUACUCAAGAUAUUUCCAAAACAGAUCAAUUGUGUGAACUUUACCGUUACUGUAUAAUCGAGAAAGAUGAAAAUGGAACUCCAAAGACUCUGAUAUCUGACAAUAAAGGAGAGACCCGGGUAUCAUCAAAUUCAGUAACAUUAAAAACAAUGAAUCCAACUAGAUGGGCAGGACGCUUCGAUGCCAUGUUUGCUUUAAAAGUUCGGUUUGUUGAUGUUCAAAAAGCGCUUACAAAAACUAUUUUAUUAAAUUCCAAAACAGAUGAGAGAAAUGAAGCUAUCUUGCUGAAGAAGAAGAUAGAAAACUACAAUUUUAUUAUGUUGUUAGUUUUCCAUUGCAAAGUCUUGCAAACUAUAGACGCGGCUUCUAAAGCACUUCAGUCUAAAGCCAUCGAUCUUUCAAAUGCUUCAAAGCGUUUACAAGUAUGUCUAGAACAACUUGAAAAGUAUCGAAAUGAAUUUGAAGAUUUAAAAAUGGAGGCAAAUAGUAUUGCAACGAAAUGGUCUAUAAACCCUGAAUUUCCUAAAACUCGUCAGAGAAAAGUGAAACGUCAUUUUGAUGAAAUUUGUGAGGAUGAACGUCUCCAAGAUCCUGAAAGCUUGUUUAAAGUGAACGUAUUCUAUCGUGUAUUAGACAUAAUCAUUAAUCAACUGAGAUCGCGUUUCCUUGGAAUGAAUGAAAUUGUUUCCAAUUUCAGUGUCUUGCAACCUGCCACUUUACAAAAUUUGAACGAUACUGAUUUGUUGGAGAAGGCUUUAGCAUUUGUCCAUCUAUAUAAAGAAGAUAUAUCCAUCUCGUUUUGCAAGGAAAUUCUCAGUUUUCGAUCCUCUUUUAGACACGAAAUAGAAACAUCAUCUUCUAUAAGAGAACUUGCUGACUUAUUAAUAAUAAAAAAUCAUUUUAUAUCUUCAAGCUUUCCUGAAGUGUGCACUGCAUUUCUAUUAUUUCUCACCAUUCCUGUGACUACGGCUAGUGCCGAGCGAUCGUUUUCAAAACUGAAAUUGAUAAAAACUUAUUUAAGAAAUUCUAUGGGACAAGACAGGUUAAGCAACUUAGCUAUUCUAUCCAUCGAAAAUUCUAUGGCCCGAAAUUUGAACUUUGAUGAUAUCAUUACCACUUUUGCUGAACAGAAAGUCCGAAGGAAGGAAUUUUAA